AGGAAAAGGGAAGGGCCAGUGACGCCCCCGAACCCAGCUGCAGAAGCGGCCGCCAGCUCCAGUGCACAAGGUGUCUCAUCUGAGAAGAAACCUGAGCCCCAGGGAGGCGGCGCGGAGCGACCCGAGGAGGGCUGGCGCGAACCCGGAGGGAGAGCGCUGGGCAGCGCUCAAGGACCAGCGGGAGCUCGGCCGCAGCGGAACCUUGCGACCCGCUCCUGAGAUCCCGGCUCCACGCUCUCCUCGAAUUUUACAGAUCUCCCCCCGCGACUGUCUCUCCCCAAAAACGGAGCCUUUAUAUCAAGAGAAGGUGAGGGAGCUGGGGCAACCAGGACUUUCCCGGGCACCCAAGAUGCGCUCCAUUAGGAAGAGGUGGACGAUCUGCACAAUAAGUCUGCUCCUGAUCUUUUAUAAGACAAAAGAAAUAGCAAGAACUGAGGAGCACCAGGAGACGCAACUCAUCGGAGAUGGUGAACUGUGUUUGAGUCGAUCCCUUGUCAAUAGUUCUGAUAAAAUCAUUCGAAAGGCUGGCUCUUCAAUCUUCCAGCACUCUGUAGAAGGUUGGAAAAUCAAUUCCUCUUUGGUCCUGGAAAUAAGGAAGAACAUUCUUCGUUUCCUAGAUGCGGAAAGAGAUGUCUCAGUGGUCAAGAGCAGUUUUAAGCCUGGUGAUGUCAUACACUAUGUCCUAGACAGGCGUCGGACACUAAAUAUUUCUCAGGAUCUUCACAGCCUCCUACCCGAAGUUUCACCAAUGAAAAACCGCAGAUUUAAGACCUGUGCAGUUGUUGGAAAUUCUGGCAUUCUGCUAGAUAGUGAAUGCGGAAAGGAGAUUGACAGUCACAAUUUUGUAAUAAGGUGUAAUCUAGCCCCUGUGGUGGAGUUUGCUGCAGAUGUGGGAACUAAAUCAGAUUUUAUUACCAUGAAUCCAUCAGUUGUACAAAGAGCAUUUGGAGGCUUUCGGAAUGAGAGUGACAGAGAAAAAUUUGUUCAUAGACUUUCCAUGCUGAAUGACAGUGUCCUUUGGAUCCCUGCUUUCAUGGUCAAAGGAGGAGAGAAGCACGUGGAGUGGGUUAAUGCAUUAAUCCUUAAGAAUAAACUGAAAGUGCGAACUGCCUAUCCAUCAUUGAGACUUAUUCAUGCUGUCAGAGGUUACUGGCUGACAAACAAAGUUCCCAUCAAAAGACCCAGCACAGGUCUCCUCAUGUAUACACUUGCCACAAGAUUCUGUGAUGAGAUUCACCUGUAUGGAUUCUGGCCAUUCCCUAAGGAUUUGAAUGGAAAAGCUGUCAAAUAUCAUUACUACGAUGACUUAAAAUAUAGGUAUUUUUCCAACGCCAGUCCUCACAGAAUGCCAUUAGAAUUCAAAACGUUGAAUGUGCUACAUAAUAGAGGAGCUCUGAAACUAACAACAGGAAAGUGUGUAAAGCAAUAAAGCACAUUUGAAAACAUACAAAAAAACUGAAUAUGCACUUCUUUUCUGAAGAUGCUUCCUAAGAUUUGAAAAUGGGAUCCAAAACAAGACUGAGUUUCAGCAUCCACCAAGUAUCAGCAAGGUGAUAAAGGACACUUAUGAGAAAUCCACUACCAGCUGAUGAAAUACCUGCAAAGUGCUCUAAAAAACACAUAUUUCGACUUCAAGGGUCCUAGUAAGUGCCACUUCCACUAAGAACACAGUUUGAAUGUAUAAUCAGUAGUGUUUACAAGAUCCAACAAUGCACUUGUCAUUAGUUAAUGAGGCAAAUAUGUUCAUCAAUGUUGGGCUGCCACGGCAAUGCCAAGCACAUUAGAAAAGUCACCCAGGAACACAACUCAGCCCUGGGGAUUAAACCAUCCUUGUCAGCAGAAACCGAGAUGGAAAGAGUUUGAGCAGUGAAAUCCAUAAGAUGAAACAACUCAAGUAAAUGCCUUCAGUCAGGACUCUGAGUCUGAUCAUGAACUUUUGUUUUUGCUUUUGUUUUUGUCUUCUGGAAUCUCUUUUGGUUUGGGUAUUGGGUGCUUAGAAAUCCUUUCUGAGAUAAAUAUGAAUGAGAUAAAUAACCUUCAAGGAAUCAUUUUUAAAGUUCUUACAUUUUUAAAGAGCAAUCACAGGACGACUUUGUCAAAGAGUUUUAUUUUGCACAACUCUAAACCUCCAGAUUUUCAGGGGUGGAGAAGGUACCAGCUAAACUGCACCACUCAGUAAUCUUGAGCCAUUCUAAAGGAAAGAUGUUCUAUGUCAUCUGAGAUGGUAAAAUUAGCAGAAAAAACAAGUACUUUUGGUACCAAAGAUUGUGCUGAUGUUUCUACACAACAAACCAUUCUCCUUUCAUGAAAAUAAUAUAUUAAUAUAUUAUUAUGCUACUAAUAUGGAAGUUGUCUUUAGAGAUAUUAAAGUUCGCAAACUCAAACUUUAUUUUUAUUUGAAGGAAGGCUUCCAUAGCUUUUAUAUUUCAUAAUAAUUUCAUGGAAGUAUUUUGCCCUUUAGAAUAAAUGUUAGACUGAUGGGGCUGAAAUGAGACUUCCAGUUCUUUGAUAUUCCCCUUAUACUUCAAAUGGAAAGAUUGGCAUUCUCUUUAUGUCACUGUUAAAUUUUUUUAGUGCAGAAACAACAUGAUUAAUAGAUUGUUUUCUCCAUAACAGAUGAUUAAUUUUCAGAGGUUUAAUAAUGAAACUGUGUGUCAGUAUUUGCACUUCAAGUGAAUUAAAUUGACCAAUAUAUUUUCUGUGGUUAAAUUUAUUCACAUUAUCACCUUAAUGUGUUUUCAAAGAAGCACAUGAAAUUAUCGAGAAAGUAAUUCAAAAAGUUGUAACAUGGGUUAGAAUUGACCAAUAGGCCAGUUUUCUGUUAACUUAUACUAUACUGGUAGGUAAUCCUAAUGGUAAAUUGUUUAGAAAGCAGAAGUACUCUGUUCCCACUUCUACUCUUGGCCUGAAGCACUUGGCUGACUUCUUGUUUCUUAGGGAAGGCAGUCUGAGGAAAGAAGAAAUAGUGUAGGGAAUAUAUAUGUUUUGUUUCUUAGGGAAGACAGUCUGAAAAAAAAAAGAAUAAA